UUCUUCUGCGGCAAAUUUGUGAGUGAGUGAGAAAUUAGGGUUUCUCGCCGCUUCAAAAUCUUCUGCCAAAAUGGUUCUUCAAAAUGAUAUCGAUUUGCUGAACCCUCCAGCUGAGCUCGAAAAGAGGAAGCACAAACUCAAGCGUCUUGUGCAGUCCCCAAACUCAUUCUUCAUGGAUGUUAAGUGCCAGGGAUGCUUCAACAUAACAACUGUGUUUAGCCACUCUCAGACUGUUGUGGUGUGCGGCAACUGCCAGACCGUUCUGUGCCAGCCGACCGGUGGGCGUGCCAGGCUUACAGAGGGUUGCUCCUUUAGGAAGAAGGGAGACUAAAUGGUGUGUCAUCUUUUUUGUUGUCCAUGAUGGGAGAGAUUCAAUUAUUAGGGUUAAGAUGGAUUCAAUGGCUUGUGUUGUUUUAGUUUUGAUAUUUAAUUUUGUUUACUUUUGUAAGACUUAAUCCUUCAACUUUAUCCUAGACUUUUUUGAUACUA